CAUGUUGGAGAAAGGGCGUGCCUGCUGUUACAGCAGUCUGUAAGAAUGAAUACAACUGUCUCCUAAACUUCCUUCUUCUAGAGCGCGACUGUGUUUUCUGCUGCACUGCUGUUUAAUGGCCUUGAGUGGGUUGGCCCUAAGCACCCUGGGGUGGACAGUACAGUAAAUGCAGUUAUCACUUCCCCUCAUUAGGGGUCUGCAGCCCUGCUGCUGGACAGCCGCAGUACCUUCUGGUUUUCCUUCCAGAUUGAGCUCUGCGUUGCUAAAUUUGAUCAACCUGUGACCUAAUUUGGCCGCGUUGACGUGCUUUCUGCGUCUUUCUGCAGGGCUGCGGCACUGCAGAGCCAGGGUUGGACACCCCAUCCUUACACCCCCCCCCCCAUUCCCCAGAUCGGGAACCGGCAGCUCCGGCCCUGCCGAUCGCUCACUUGUGCCCUGGAUGGCUCCCGUUCUCCAGUUUCUGUUGUCCAUUGCUAUUGUCCAGGCGUGGGUUUCAGAAACACCAUGGUGUAGUGGUUCUUGUUCCUGGUCCUUGGCUCCUGUCUGUUCUCGGUUAUGCACCAGGCCAGUUCUUAAGCACAGGCUCAUCUGUUUCCCUUUUCUAUUUGAUCCACUCUUUUAAAUCUGUUUACAGCUCUUAAAAAAAAAUUCUGAAUGUGAUUUGUCAUUAGUAUGACCCCUGUGCUAACUGAACUGUUUCAGGACUGGGCUCUCUCUCAGAUGUGUGAGCUGAAAUAUAUCCCUGGGACAUAAGCAGGAGGACAAACUCUGACUCACUGGGAGUGUCGGUCCCACCAUCAAUUGAUCACCUUUUAAGAGCUGUUUAAUCAGAAAUGAGGGAGCAAAUUAUGAAUGAGCAAGUUGUGGACAGUAUACAUAAAGUGCUGUAUGCUGAAGCUGACAGAAACGAUGCACUCUAGAAUAUUUUUAAAACCAAUACAUGAGUGCAGAAAAAAAAUGAAACCAGAAAGCAGAUCAUUUGCAGGCACCAAUUUGUACUGGUGAUUAACUUUUACAACUUCAGGGUUGAAGUUUCCACCCAACUCCAGCACACAGAACAUUACACAGCCCGGCUGUUAUUUCUGACUCAUCAGCUCUUACUCGCUGAUCAAUGGAUGUUGAACAGGCAGCUGGGGAAUGACGCGGCCAGACACGCCCGCGGUGGGUGUGACCACACCAGACGACACGCCCAUUAUGGGAGUGGCACUGUAGCGGACACGCCCACAGUGGGCGUUCACUUCCGCCUGCGGGACCAAUCGGUGACGCUUCAGGCCGCUCAGCUGAACAGGGGGCAGUUCUGAAACCCAGGAACCGUUACAGGCGUGAUGAUAUCUGUUACAAAUCCCCUUUGACCUUCUAAGAGCUGACCAAAAAAAAAACUAUUUCCAAACAUUCCCCCGAAACAGGAAGCUGAAAUCAAUUAGUUCAUAUCCCAGCUGGAGACCUAGUGGCCCUGCUCGGACGAGCGCGCUCCGGGAUCUUUUUAACCUGCUCAAUCUGGGGCUGAAUCCGGUAAAUUGACGAAUCGGAUUAACUACUGAAUCCUGAUCGGGAUUUGCGGUUCUUCAAUGAGGAACUACAGGCUCAUCUUUUGCCACAACCUGAAGCAGCCAUAGAUGACCAAGGAUUGCCUUUUCCCUGAGAGCGAUCGGAGCAGGAGAUAAGCUGUACUUUUGGGUGUCUGUGUGCUCAAAGACAGAAGGAACCAGGCUGGCUGUGGAAGCUAUGAGGAAGAGCCUCUCUCCUUCCCUCAGCGACUCCCUCAGCACCACUAGGGUUUUUGGGAUUCCCCUCGAGGAGGUGCAGCAGAGCGGACAGCCCGGGCAAGAGGUCCCCCUGCUGGUCAAACAUAUUGUGGAGUACAUCGAAGAGCACGGGGGUCUGGACCUGGAGGGGCUGUUCCUGGUCAAUGGCAGUGCAGAGCGUGUGGACUGGUUGCGGCAGCGGUACGACAAUGGGGAGGAAGUGGACCUGGAGAAGGAGGCAGACCUGGCCUCGGCUGUCAGCCUGCUCCGACUCUUCCUGCAGGAGCUCCCCGAGCCCGUUAUCCCUGCCAGCCUGCAGGCUCACAUCCUGCAGCUCUACCAAGACUGCAACACGGAGGAGGAGCUGGCCAGAAACAUGAAGUACUUCCUGCAGCAGCUCCCUCAGGUCAACUACUGCCUGCUGCGCUUCCUGUGUCGCUUCCUGUCCAACGUGGCGUCUCUCCAGGAGGAGAGCUGGAGCACUGGCGCUCUAGCUGCAGUGUUCGGGCCCGACAUCUUCCACAUUGACACGGAUGUGGAGGUUCUGAAAGAGCAGGAGCCGGUGAGCCGCAUCCUGGCUGACCUGCUGGAGAACCAGGAGGAGUUCUUCGAUUCCGAAGAGGAGGAUUUCUCCACCACUAAUGACUACAGCUCCCUCAACGAGCAAAUUACAGAGCUGCUGGACGAUGAGAAGCUGGAGCAGUGCGAGGAGUUGCCCCGUGACAGUGAGGACAGUCCGGAAGAUGAGCAGCCAAAAGAACCUCCUGGGCUUACCCAGGUCACCCCCUCCUCCAGCUCUCACAUCUCUCCCAUCAGCAUUUUGCCAGCCUCUGCAGAUAUAAUCGAGAGGACGAUACGUGCUGCAGUGGAGCAGCACCUGUUCGACCUACAGAGCACGAUCGACCAAGGGAUCAGCAGCUAUGAGAGCCGAGGACCACCCAGCCAGGAGGACGAGAGGGAAGGUGGCAGUGAGGAGCCUUCAGAGGGAGAUGCUGAGGCUACACAGCCUGGCAAGGAGACAGCUGAGGCUGCAGGAGAAAUGACUGAGAGUGAACAGGCUGCAGGGGACCCCUCUGCUGAGAUCGCCACCUUGCUGGAGAAUUGUGGGGUGAGCCAGAAUACCAAAGAUCUGGUCGAUGCGGAAAACAUCAUCAAUACAGCCAGGCAGGAAAGCUGCCAGGAUCCUGAGAGAGGCUCUGUAGCUGAUCUCAUCACAUGUGUGCCCAGCGGGGAGGAGCCCGACCUGAAUGCCAACUCCGGGUCGGGGGGGUGCCCCACCCCUCCCUUCGACCUGCGUGGGAUCUUCCAAGAUGGGGAGUGGGAAGCACCAUGCCUGAUCACUUUCCCCCUCAUUGACUUCAAAUCUAUGCACCUGCAGACGGAUGGGGAGGACCCGGUGCCAGCGUUCAAGUCGUGGCAGGAAGACCGCGAGUCGGGCGAGGCCCAGCUGUCCCCUCUGGCCGGCCGCAUGGUGCCAACCCCAUCGGAGGAAGAUGCCCACCCCCUGCUCGCCCGCCGUUUCUUGGACUUCGGCCACAGUCAGCGCUUCCUGCAUCAGGAUCCCGACGCCACCUCCCCAGCUAAAGCCUCGUCCCACGGGAGACCUCGCCGUGCCUCCUUCAGUUCCAAAGAGAGUGGGAAGGGCGACCCCGUGCCCCACCAGCUCACCAAGAAACUCCAGAACCUCAAGAAGAAGAUCAAGCAGUUUGAGGAGCAGUAUGAGAAAGAGAGGAAUUACAAGCCGUCCUACAGAGAUAAGGCAGCUAACCCAAAGGUCUUGAAGUGGAUGACGGACCUCACGAAAGUACGAAAACAGAUCCGAGACACUAGGCAGAAGGCCUCCGAGGGGGACCUGGCGCCCCAGCCCCGGCCGAGGAGCAACACUCUGCCCAAGAGCUUUGGCUCCACCCUGGAUCAGGGUGCGUCCGAGGGGAGCUCCGAAGGGGAGGCCCAGGAGUGCCGGCCCACGCGAGAGGAGACGCUGGAGCUCAUCCAGCGCCGGCUGAAGGGCAAGCGGGAAGAGGACAGCCGGCCGGAGGACGUCAGGAAAAUGACCAAGGAGCAGCUGUCCGGUGAGAAGACCGUGCUGCAGAAGAACCUGCUGUUCUACGAGAGUAUCCAUGGACGCCCGGUGACCCGCGAAGAGAGACUGGUCGUCAAACCUCUUUAUGACCGAUACAGGCUCGUGAAGCAGAUGUUGACCCGCGCCAGCAUCACGCCCAUCAUCGCCUCGCCAUCCAGCAAGAGGAGGAGCCAGAUGCUGCAGCCCAUCAUUGAGGGAGAAACGGCACACUUCUGUGAUGAAAUCAAGGAAGAAGACGAGAACGAAGAGGAAGAGGGGGUGUUCAUGGAGACUUCAGAGGUCACCAUUGUCCUGGACCCAGCUGCCCAGCCGUGCUCUCCGCAGGCCCAGCUCGACGGGGAGGUCAACCCCAAGCUGGAGGAGAGUGGGGGCAAACUGGCCCUGGACCUGCGGCUGUCCAGCUCCAACGCGUCAUCCAUGCCUGAACUGUUGGAGCAGCUGUGGAAAGCCAGGGCGGACAAGAAGAAGCUGAGGAAGAGCAUCCGCGAGUUCGAGGACGAGUUCUACCAGCAGAACGGCAGGAACGUGCAGAAGGAGGACCGCGCUCCUAUGAUGGAUGAGUACAAAGAAUACAAGCGGAUCAAAGCCAAGCUCCGGCUGCUGGAGGUUUUAAUCAGCAAGCAGGACUCUUCCAAGUCCAUCUAAGGCCCUAACUGCUGACCAGCGGUUCAGGGUUUCAGGUCAAUGUUUUAGUGUGACUGACUGACCACCGGCACCCUGCACCUUUAGACAUAGAAGAAUGGGGCCCCCUGCUGGCACCUUGUUGGACUGCAGCACCCUGGGGGAGCACCACCGCACUGCAGGAAUGCAGAGAAGGGCACGUAGGAACACCUCCGCUUUCAUUUCCCGCUUCAGAACAUUAUUUAAGCACUAUUGCCUGUUGUUGAGGAAGCGCUGCAUCUUCUCCACCAAUAAAAGCUGUAGUUUCUUCCUCAUUUGUUUUUUUUUGGCAAAAGCAGGAAGAAAAUUUAGUCUUCAGAGCUACCGAUGUCUUUAGUUUACAGCUUCAAGUUUCUUACGCUGGGAUAUCCUUCAGAAAAAAAAACUUCAACGGAAAUUAAACAGACCUGCAUGUCGGAUGGUCAUAAUAUUGUAGCCUGUCAUCUGUUUAUCUAUUUGGACUGAAUGAAGCAAACUUUUUGAAACUCAAGAUAACAGCCCAUGCCAUGGAUGGCAAAUGGACAGAUACGGAACCAUUUUAAGAGCUUUACCUUCACUUAUCAAGUACUGGCAUUUUUUAAUUGUGUGAGUAUAUUUAUGAAUCUGUAUCUACUAUCUACAUAUGUAAAGGUCAAUGUCAUUCAUCUGCAAGAGUGACCAUAAAAACAGGAUCAAGGCGGCGGUGUGGGAUACGACCAUAUACAUAUACUUGUCACUUGUCAUAUCGGCCUCGUCCUACUUUGCCGACCCAAGAGAGCCGACGGCAGUUUUAUGCGGACUUUUAGUCGUCUCUUUUUUAAAAAAAAAAAGACGUUUAAAUCUCUGUGUACCUCAGAGAGGUGAACGGAAUUUACUCCUGAAACGCAGCAAGGAAGACAGCUGGCUCGUCGGUUGAGGGGGGCCGAUAAUUCAAUUCCAUUGGCCCCCCCCCCCUCCCCACGUGGUGUCUGUCUGCAUGUGUUGUGGACACCGCAGGGGCUCAGAGUGACCGCCAGCUGUUUGCACGGACACACGAGAGUGUGGCGGGCAGUCCCUGGAGCCUCGUGCUGGCCUGCGCCUUCAUUGCCUCCUGGGCACAAAGUUUGUACUUGCAGAACCAGUGAGAGACUGUUUUCCUCUAAGGGACAUUUCAAAAGGUUUCAAAACAAUCAACAUGUGUUGACCAGAUACUGUUUCUUGUUGCUCUUAACUCUCUCCAGUAGUGACUGUAUUUUAUAUACAGGCUUGAAAGACAUGUUACAAUUGUGUAUUUUCUUUUUCAUCUCGCUCUAACGCAAGCAGAAGAAAAGGGAAGUGGGUGUCUGCUUCAUUGUGCAGAGGUUUCGGAAUGAAGCCUGGCGAAAUGCACAUGCUACUGGAGGUUGCUGAAGUAGUACAUCCCUGUAGUUUUCACUUGCCUGUCAGAUGCAUGCUACAGACAGUCACGGCUGUGAGCAUGCGUCACUGCAGUUAAACGGUAUAGCCUUAAAGGAAAAAUCAUGUUCCCCGGGCACAAGUUCCAGUCUGUCAGAAUCUUGUUUGACAAGACGGGCACUGCAUAUAUCUUAGCUUAUAUGUUUAGCUCACAAGGACGUUUUCAAACGGUGGUUUCAGUUAUCGGAGCAUCUGUACAAAUAUGUUGGAUAGAAACUGCGCCACUUACUGUGCAGGAGUGGGCAUGCUGCAGUCGGGCUCAGCUGGCUCUCGCAGCAGGGGAUUCCAGUGCCUGUUACUGGGGAGUAACGCGUCAUUCUGACACUGUCGUGUUUAUCAUCUGUGUCAUUGCAGAUGCAGAAGCGCAUUUUAACAUUCUGCAUGCAGAAGGGCAUGAAUAUCUUGGAGCACAGCCAACGUGAAACAGACUGUAGACCUACUAUAUAUUUUGAUAUAUUUUGGGGCUUUUUUGUUUUGGACAGUGUAUGGUUUACCUUGCCUAAGGUUUCCUUCUCUGGGACUGUAACAGUGCAAAGAGGUCCUGCUGGUCAGACAUCAGUAGUGAGGUAUUAUUGUAUAACUCACUCAAAACCCAGCUGUUCUAAAUCAUCCAGCUGUGAGGAGUCAAGACAGAGUUCACUCAAGGACUCCAGAACACUUACAUUUAAUCUUUGCCUCUCUUUCCAGAAAGUUGGAAAAAGUCAGCUAUGGGGCUCUCAAAGUUGUCACAGUAAAAGCGUUUUGUCUCCUGGCUCUCAUUUUGUAUGGGAUCAGCUAGUUCUCUGUCUCAGCCCUUCAAAUAACCAACAGUUACAACCUGCUUUGCACACAUCGUUGUAUCUUGAUCUUUCUGCAUCAGUGCAUUGUGGGAACAAGCAUGGUUUUGUUUGCAGGAUUUUGCGAAGCUGAAUUCCGACCGAAAAUGCAAAUACUUUCGCAAACGGGAGCAGAAAUUGGGAUUUCAGACUGUGCCACCUCUGGGCUUCCACCAGGGAGUCAAGGCUGACCAUACAGAGAAGAAGCAGGGAAGGUCUCCAUGCAGCAGUUAGCAAAUAUUUAUUAAAGGGUUGCUUCUGUUGUCGUCGGAAGUAGUUCAACAUGGCUGAUUUCUUCUCUGGUGCUUUUUUACCCCCUUUUCUUAUUUAAUUUCUUGUGUAACUGACCUUUCACUUGCAUUGUAUCUGCAUGCAACCUCUCGUUAUGGCUGCUGAUAAUUGUCGGUUUCCUUUUUUUAUACGUGUAUACACACUGCAUGCAUCUUGUUGUGCUUUUCAAAAACAAAAAAAAAAUAGAAAAAAACGCGUUCGGAAGAGAGCGAAAAAAGGCCUUUUCUCUGUUUCUUGUAGGGCUCAAACUUGCCUCACGCAUUUGAGCAGUCCUCGUCCUAGAGGGCUGGUGUGUGUGUGUGUGGGGGGGGGGGGGUUAGGUCUCUGUAAAGCAGCAACACCUGAAGAGUUGGAAGAAGUUGUUCAGGUGUCACAAUUAAGUUAUGGAUGGGCUGAUUGAGCUCGUUAAGAGCUGAGUUGUAAUGAGGGCCUGCAGACACACCAGCCCUCAAGAAUCCAGAUCUCCCUUCCCGUAAGGCAACUCCUGUCUCUCUAUUCGCGAAGGACUCACUCUUCUCCAGGGUUUGUUGCUGACCUACGUAGGGGGAAAUCAUUCAAUAUGUUUUAUGGUUUGAUACUAGCUCUAUCGAGCUCUUUAAAAGGGCAUGAAGAGAUGGGACAGUUUCUAAGGGUGCCUUUUAUAGGUGUGAAAUUAAAAAGAGACUUUUGCCAAAGUGUGCCCUAAAGGUUGCCGAUCUCUGGAGACCGAGCUCAAUUAACAAUUUAAUUGUUAAUCAAUUAAAAAAUUGAAUUUUUUAAACAAACUUAUCAGGGACAGGUGAAUGCAGUGAAAGUAAUAGAGUGAGAGAGAGAGAAGUAGGUAGGCUUCUUCACAAGAGUCUGGGUCUCCUCUCCCUAGCUGUGCUGGAAGAGAGUUUGUGAUUGAUUCAUAGUAACUGUGAACACAUAUGAAAUCAGGCGGCAUGCUUUGCGAACAGGGACUAGGGAGUAGAAAUUCGGUUAUAGGCAGCGAUGAGUUAGAGAAGGUCUUGUAAUUCUGAAGUAGAGAUCACCAGACGGAUGUAUCCUUCCCAUUAAAGUGGUGCUGAGAGCUCUGCAUACUGUGUACAUUUUUGUACAUGACUUAGGAUCGUAGCAUUUGCUGCAUCCUGCUUCAUAACAAACCCGAAGGCCUCAUUCUCUUCUUGUGCUUCUGAUAUAAAAAUCCUGGUGUCCCUCUGUGGAAAGAGGGAGGUGGGGGGGGGGGGGGGACUGUGAUGGAGUUUUGCACAGCAUUCUGAGAAUGCAGCCCUUGUUCUGUUUUGUUUUUUUAAAAGCACUACUAAAAUCUGAAAGAUGAAUGUGAUCGCUGUUAAGCUAUUUUUACACGACCUUCACACCUCGUGUUACACUUGUGAUCUGUAUGAUUCAAGGUCUGUGUUCUUUUUAUGACUAUUAUAUAAUUUUGUAUUUUUAUUUUGUACACUCCCGCUCUUGACUGAUCUUAGUGUAAUAGCUCUUUAUUGGCUUAAACGUCUGCUUUGUUUCGUAGAACCUGGUCUCUCUAGCGAACAUGCAUGGCAGAACUUGUAUUGUUUUUCUUUUUGUGCCAUGAAUGAUGAAGCAAUAAACUAGACUGUAUUCGUGGAAGGAGGGCAUCUCCCCCUCAAUAUGUGCUUUUCCUUAAUAAAUUCAUUUUCACACUGUU